CACGAGAGCAAUCCGCGUAUUUGUGUGUCGUAUAGGCCAGGGAUGUGAGCGAGGGGCGACGAUAAUGGGGAAUAACCGGGACCCCGGUGCUCUGGAGUGGACACAACGACUGGACGGUGAUCAUAAAGGGGGUUAACGUGAAGGUCAGCCAUCUCUAGAGUGUUCAAAAACAGAUUGAUGGAUUUUAUUGGGCUAAAUGAUAGAUUGAUUGUCACUGGAGACGCUGAGGCAAGACAGUGAUUAGAGCUGCUCAUAUAACCAUACUGGAAACGAUUUACCCAUUUCAAUGGCGUUACCAUCGACCCAGAGCAAAACAGGUCACCCGGACCCAGGACUAACGCGGGUUCACCGGGUGUGAAGCGCUCAAUCUGUCGUUUUUCCGGCGAUGUCCGCGUCUUGCCUCGACCUGCGCAGCGCGAUUUCAGCACCACCGCAGCUGGACAGCGACCGCAUGGAACUCGCGCUCGAUCCCGGCCGUCAAAGCUCGCCAGACACCGGGGAAUAUCAGACCCUCACGCUGAUACACACCGCGCCCGGGGGGCUCGGCAUGGCUUUGGAGGAGGAGCUGGCCAUGCUCACCGGGGAACGGGAGGACGAUCUGGAGGUAUCCGCCUCAGAGACACCUGUGAGCGGACAGGACUCUGAUCUACUGUCGCUCUUCCGGCAGAAAGAAAAGGACUUGGUCCUCGCUGCUAAACUGGGGAAAGCUCUACUUGAAAGAAACCAAGACCUCACAAAGCAAUAUGACAGAAUUACCAAGGAUUUAAACGACAAACUGGAGCUCCUGGAGCAGGAGAAACAUGAGCUGCGUCGUCGUUUGGAGAGUCGCGAGGGGGAAUGGGAAGGCCGGGUGGCGGAACUGGAGACAGAUGUGCAACACCUGCAGGGGGAGCUGGAGAGACAUCAGGUGCAGCUGCGUGAGGCCGACCGGGACAAGAGCCGGGCCAUCAGCGAGCUGUCAGAACAGAACCAUCGGCUGCUGGAGCAGCUCAGCAGGGCCGCCGAGGUGGAGAAACAGUUGUCUACUCAGGUUCAUUCUUUACGGGAUGAUUUCAAAGAGAAAAGCAUCUCCACCAACCAGCACAUGACGCGCCUCGAGACCCUACAGGCCGAGCAAAGGCUUGAAAUUCAGAUGUUGUCGGAGCGUAAGCAGGAACUGGAGAGACGUGUGACCGCCAUGCUGGAGGAGAACGAGCAGAUGCAGAACACGGUGGACGAGCUGAGAGAGCGAACGCUGGUGCUGGAGAAACAGUGUCACGAGAAGGACUUGCAGCUGCGGCAGAGCCAGCUGGAGCUGCAGGAGGUGCGCGUGUCCCACAGGAACCUGAGCGCUCGCGUGGAGGAGCUGACGGAGGAACACAGUCUCCAGGGCUUCAGUCCCAACCCACACAGUCUUCUCUGUGAGAUCGAGCAGAGCAUGGAGCAGGAGGAGCUGGAGCAGGAGAGAGAGCAGCUCCGGCUGCAGCUGUGGGAGGCUUACUGUCAGGUGCGGUCCAUCUGCUCACAGCUCAGAGGAAGUGACAUCACAGACUCCGCCUUAUCCACAGACUCCUCCAUGGAUGAGUCCUCGGAGACGUUGUCGGCAAAAGACGUCCCCGUGGGUGGUUUGCCCGCUAAUCUUCUGGAGCUGCGCAGACUCACACAAAACCUGCUGGACGGCAAUGAAUCUACGGGUUCACGGCGCAGUGACGAGGAGGUUCUAGAAGAGCAGGUUCGUAAAUUGAGCGAGGAGCUGCGAGAACUCAGAGAACUUUUCGAACAGGAGCAGGAAAAAACACACAAAAGCCAGGAGGAGGCGCUACAGCUCCAUAAUCAGGUGGCGCUGCUCUCGGUGGAAGUUUCUUCUUCAAGGGAAGAGAACGAGAGGUUGAGAGCGAUGGCGGAAGUCCACGAACCCAGCGAGCGGUUACAGAGUGCGAUUCGAGACAGAGAUGAAGCCAUUACCAAGAAGAAAGCCGUGGAGAUGGAGCUGGCGAAGUGUAAGAUAGACAUCAUGUCUUUGAACAGUCAGCUGUUGGAUGCGAUACAGCAGAAACUCAACCUGUCUCAGCAGUUAGAAGCCUGGCAGGAUGAUAUGCACAGAGUUAUCGAUCAACAACUGAUGGAUAAACACCAGGAGGAGUGGAAGGAUCCUCCUUUCUCCUUCAGCGGGUCGCGAGGAGGAGCCGCCUCUUCCAGAAGAGGCCAUCGCCUCUCGGACAGAGACAAGCGCCUCUUUUCAUUCUUCAAGAAGAACUGAGAUUCUCUGAAGACAUGGAGGAAGACAGUGAGGAAGGGUACAACAAACGAAAGAUAGAAUCAGUGCUUCUCAACCGGUGCUGCUCAUUUAUCGUACAAACCUAAAAAAAAACAAAA